UUCAUCAUGGCGCGUCAACAGAAAGUUGCAAGGUCGAUAGUCUACGCGAUUCUCGAAAACGAUGGAGCGAAGGUUCGCUCGUUGCUGUCGCGUAUACUUACUGCGAUCGCGUAUUUCUUUGCUUUGUACCAACUGUCCCUGAUCAGACUGCGCAACGAUGUGUUCAAGAAUCUGCGCAACAAAUGGCAAGUUGAUGAUGAAGAUUACAAGGACAGCUUUGGAAAGAAGGAUGGACUGCAAGCAAAGGGCGAUAUGGGCUUCUCUGGCAGCACAUUCUACACAACCUCUGAUGGAGCAUAUCUCGUGAAAAGCGUCCCUCGAGGAUUUGAGCAUUCCUUUUUCCGUGACGACUUUUUGGAACCUUACUACGACCACAUGUUGCAUCAUACCAAAUCACUUCUCGUCCGCAUCACCGACUUCUUAUCAUGGUCCCGUUUCGGCAUUGGCGGCAUUCUUGGAACUGCGCCGACGCAUCACAUCGUCAUGGAGAACAUUCUGAUUGGCAAGGACAAGGACAACACAUCAAAAUGGGAGACUUGGGACCUAAAACCUACUUCCUACUUCUUCCCAGAAAGGGACAUCGCCGGUGGCAAGCUGACUUCUGACGACACAAAGGACCGCUUAGCAGACAAGUUCGAAGACAAGAUCCUUCUGACUCAGUCUCAGGCAGACGAAUUCUUUGAAUUGCUCUCGCAAGACACCGAACUGCUUGAACGAUGCAAUGCGGUUGAUUAUUCCUUGUUCCUGGUCAGAAUCCCGCUUAUCAACUCGGAUGGCUCUGCUGCUUAUCAGAGUCAGGAGGAAGCCAUCCAACAGUCAGAACGGCCUCCGUUUGUGCCCCCAACCCAUUCCUGGCGUACGGGAGUCUACUCUGCUGACCAGAAGUUCGUAUUCCGUGCCGCCGUGCUCGACUUCUUUUGGGCCAAACACAAGCUACACGCUAAGGCAAUGACAUGGCUGAUCAAAGCAUGGAAUUUGAUUGACCGUCAAGGCCCGAUGAGCAUCACCACCACCCCAGAAGAGUAUCGUCAGAGAUUCCUCUCAAUGUGUCACGAAAUGGUCGAGAUAAAGGAGUAGAGGAACGAUCAUAGGGUUCCUAGCGUGUCUUCUUUCCGGACCCAGACAGUCGUAUCCUUAGUCUCUAUAUAUCAUGCUUUGAAUUCGAGCACUGCCGUUCAUGUAUAAGCAUGGUUGCACUCGGCCCGGGAGGGAACAAGCUGUGCCCAGACAGCACUGCUAAACGGACCAAAACGGUGAACAUGAUGGGUCUUUUUCAGAUUAGGGGCUCGCCCUGCUACCACACAGUCAUGGCAGCCCUAAAGCAACAUCGAUCAGUGCCUUUUUGGUUUGAACAGGUCUGUUACACGCGGGCGGUUGACUCUGACUGUUGGCAAAACCCUCGAGUUGAGGCAACAGACUUGUAGCCAAC